CCGGCCAGUAUAUUUUUUUGAACCCCAAUAGCAGCAGCCGUCAAGCCGUAUCGCUCUUUGAUUCCGGAUCGUGUCACUGACCGCUUGUCGCUCAUUCUUGUACAAGUACAAUUGAGGCAGAGAGACGCAUCACCUCCAGCUUUUUCCCAACUUGCACCUCUGUCCAGAUAUCCACCCCGGCUGUCUCAACAUGGCCCCUUCUGCUACCUCCCCAGUCACGGUCCUCGAGCAGGAGGACCACGCCCGCGAUGCCGCCUUCAACAAGGCGCUUCAUGGCAAGUCGGUGGAAGCAUCUGGUGGGCUGAUGGCCAUGCGUACCAAGGACAAAGCGGCGCAGAAGGCUGCGAUCGACGAGUACUUCAAACACUGGGACAAUAAAUCGGCAGCCACUGAGACUGAAGAAACCCGAAAGGCACGAAGAGACGAAUACGCCACCUUGACAAGACACUACUACAACCUCGCCACGGAUCUGUACGAAUAUGGAUGGGGCACCUCGUUCCAUUUCUGCCGCUUUGCUGCAGCCGAGUCGUUCUACAAGGCCAUUGCCCGCCAUGAGCAUUACCUCGCUUUGAAGAUGAACAUGCAAGAGAAUUGGCGCGUCCUGGAUGUCGGCUGUGGUGUUGGGGGACCUGCUCGAGAGAUGAUCAAAUUCACUGGGGCCAACGUUGUUGGACUGAACAACAACGACUAUCAGAUUGAACGGUCACUACGAUACGCAAAGAAGGAGGGCAUUGCAGACAAAUUCUCCGCUGUCAAAGGCGACUUCAUGCAAAUGUCUUUCCCUGAGAACAGCUUCGACGCCGUAUAUGCCAUCGAAGCCACAGUCCACGCCCCGAGCUUGCAGGGAGUAUAUGAGCAGAUUUUCCGCGUGUUGAAGCCUGGCGGUGUCUUUGGUGUGUAUGAAUGGCUCAUGACCGACAACUACGACAACGACAGUCCUCAGCACCGCGAGAUCCGACUUGGCAUCGAGCAGGGAGACGGCAUUUCCAACAUGGUCAAGGUCUCGGAAGGGUUGGCCGCCAUCAAAGCCGCUGGAUUCGAGCUGGAGCACCACGAGGAUCUCGCCGAGAGACCGGACGCGAUCCCGUGGUACUACCCUCUCGCAGGGGAGUUCAAAUACAUGGGCAGCCUCGGCGACGUCUUCACAAUCGGGCGCAUGACAUGGUGGGGACGCGGGUUGAUCCAUAAGUUUAUUGGGGUUGGCGAGACUCUGAGAAUGAUGCCUCGUGGCACGCAGAAGACGGCAGACAGCCUGGCACUAGCGGCUGACUGUUUGGUCGCUGGCGGGAAACAGAAGUUGUUCACGCCCAUGUACUUGAUGAUUGCGCGGAAACCCAAAGCUUGAGAAGGCCACCAGGAAUAUGAAAUCAACAAAAAGGGCGUUUCUGGAGUAGCUUUGACAGUGAUCAGUAGAGGUAGACGGAGGCACACUUCUGGUGCUUGCUGCAUCAUUAUAGCCUAAUUCAGUGAUUGUACAUAUGUAUACCGGGUCCUGCUGUAUUCACGAUGGACGGAUACAAUUCCUUGUGGC